GGGAAUUCUGGGAAGUGUAGUUCCUUCGUAGUCUUGUUCUAAAGAAAGGCCUCAUAUGGAAAUUCAGAAAGAUUGUUGGCGCCUCGUCAGAGCUUUGAAGAUCUUAUUUAGAGGGGAAGAAUAGCUCCCAUCUCCUUCUCUCUCAACCAAAAUGGGGAGUAUGGGAGUUGUCGUUAUGUAUAUAUGUGUGGUGCUGACCGGCAGCUGAAGCAGCAUGAACAUCAAAUAUGUGCUGCUGGGGAUGCUGUACUUUGUCCAGGGGAUCCCCUAUGGCCUCCAGUCGGGGCUGCUGCCCAUCUACUUCCGCUCGGUGGGCCUCUCCUUCACCCGGAUCAGCCUGGCCAAGGUGCUCUACGCUCCUUGGAUCCUCAAGGUGUUAUGGGCCCCGCUGGUGGAUCACUACCUGGCCAAGAAGACCUGGCUGCUGUUCACCAUGUCUGGCCUGGUCCUGUCUUGCCUGGCCUGCUCCCUCUUGGAGCCCGACACCAACUUCCUCCCCGUGGCCCUGGUCUUCCUCUUCAUGAACUUCUGCGCCUCCAUCCAGGACAUAGCGGUGGACGGGGUGGCCAUCCAGUUACUGGGCUAUGAAGAGAUCGGCUACGGCAACACCGUCCAGGUGGUGGCCUACAAGAUGGGCUCCGUGAUGGCCGGCGGCGGCCUGGUGGCCUUCCUCUACCACCUGGGUUGGUCUGCCAUCUUCCUCUACCUGGCGGUCAUCUACACCUUGGCCAUCCUGCUCACCUGGGUCUCUGACCUGCGGGUGAGGCGGUGGCGCCCCUCACAGGAGAGCCGCAUCAUGGUAGGCAAUGUGAACCCCUGGAGCAUCCUCAAGGAACUCUUCCAUGUGCCCGGCACACACUGGACAGCGGGGUUCGUCUUCAUCUACAAGCUGGGUGAGCAAGGCUCCAUGUCCAUGUUCCCGCUCUUCCUCCUGGACCGGGACUUCUCUCCGCAGAAGCUUGGCUUCUGGAACGGGAUCGUGGCCAUGAUUUUCUCCAUUGCAGGCUCCUACUUGGGCGGCCACUUGAUCUCCAGGCGGAGGCGCCUCUUGCCUGCCCUGGAAAACCUCCUGAUCGUCCGCUUCUGUGGCCUGACCCUCCAGAUCCUCCUGAUGGCCCUCUACCAAAACAAGGAGCCUUUCUUUGAAGUUGCCGCUGUCAUGAGCAUCUGCACCCAGCACCUGAUUGCAGGCCUGAUCACCACCCUGACCUUCAGCCUGAUGAUGCACUGCUCCCAGAAGGCCAAGGAAAGCAUCCAGGCCACUCACUACAGCUUCCUGGCCACCUUGGAAGUCCUGGGCAAAGUGAUCUUUGGCGCUGUGACAGGGACCCUGGUUGACAGGCUGGGCUUCUUGAAGGCCUUUGUCGUUUUUCUGGCCCUCUCCUUCACCUCCAUCCUGUACACUCUGCCCUUCCGAAGAUGACCGCCAGCCUCCGGAGAACCAUCCUGGGGGGCAAAGGAUGGGGUAGGGCAGCCUUCUUAGGGCCUGGAGGAGAGGUAAGGGUGAUCCGGAAGCCUUUUCAGGUGUUGCUUCUCUGUGUCACAUUCACUUCAUCACAGACCUUCCUCUGCAAGAAUUCUGGGGUGCAGUGGGGGGGGGGGGUCUAUUUAUUUCUUAGAGAAGGAAGGAAGGAACCUCGGAAGGGACUGGAAAACCUCUCAGACUCUUGGGGUGCUUGUUAAACUCCUCCACCAGCCCCACCGUUGACAAACAAAAGAGGCACUUUGUAAGCUGCCCCUGGGACCUAUCAGGGUGUCAAUGCAAUAAAUAAUACUUUAAAUGAACAA